AUGAGCCGCGCAAUCCAUCAGCUUUCACUGCUCCGGCCUACGGUUGCACCAACUCACACAUUUCCAACAUCCACAUUUGGUUUUGAGAUGAAAAGUGGUCACAGGACUGUUUUACGCUCUAAUGCUUUCUGUGAAGACGAGGCCGGCGAUGGCGGUGAUGAUGAUGAUGAUGAUAAUGAUAAUGAUAAUGAUGAUGAUGAUGGUCAUGGUAGUGGUGUUAUGAUGAUGAUGAUGAUGAUGAUGAUGGUCAUGGUGGUGGUGUUAUGA